UGAACAUAAAAGGGUGGGGGGGUGGGUUAUAACUAACUAACAAUGGCAACCCCUACAAACGAGUCCGUGUUCUUGAUAAAGGAUGUGAAGCCUGGGUCGAAAAAUCUGAAUAUUGUGUUCAUCGUGUUGGAAAUAGGACGAGUAACCAAAACGAAAGAUGGACACGAGGUGCGCUCCUGCAAAGUGGCAGACAAGAGCGGGAGCAUUGCCAUCUCUGUUUGGGAUGAACUCGGCAGCCUUAUCCAGGCAGGAGACAUCAUCAAGCUGACCAGAGGCUAUGCAUCCAUAUGGAAAGGCUGCCUGACCCUGUACACUGGAAGAGGAGGGGAUCUACAGAAGAUCGGAGAGUUUUGCAUGGUGUACUCAGAAGUGCCCAACUUCAGCGAACCAAACGCAGAGCUGCUAAGCCAAACGAACCAGCAAAACAAGUCUGGUAAACCAGACCAGAAUCAGAGGGGAAACUCUCCACCCAAUCAGAAUUCAGGUACACCUGCCCCACCAGGUAACGGUGCCAUGCCGCCAUUUAACAACAAUAACAACCCACCAUCCGGUGCACCCCGUGAUCCUGCAUUUGGGAGUGUCGGGCGACCCAAUGGUCGGUCACCUGGCAAUGGAGCUCCUCAAGCUACUGUUGCUGGACCCCAGACAGCCGCAAAGUCUUCAGUUACCAUUAGCAAUGGCAGGGACCCACGGCGUGCCAAAAGAUGAAAGUGGGGUUAGGGGGAUCAUGUAGGGAAAUUAUGUAUGUCCCCAUUUCCCCCUACCCCCCCCCCCCCCCCCCCCCCUUUUUUUUUUCUUAAAAAAAAUCAAAUCUUUCUGCCUCUUCCCCAUCUCACCCACAUUGGCUUUUGAAAUAAUGAAAUAAAUUAGAGUACUUGCAUCAUUUUUAUACAGGCUAACAUAGUCGAAUGUGUUGUUUGUCAUGUGUAAGUAGUGCUCUGUUAGCAGCACACUAUGAUUGUGAUCUGCCACUUGAUGCACUAGCAGGAUAUUUGAACAGUCAGGCCUUGGUGGUUGAGUUGUGGUCAGCCUUCUCAGUCUACACCCAUGUCCUCUAAAUCUCACUGCAAAUGCCAGUUCUGUGCCAGUGUUAUCUUCUCCACGCACUAGCCCAACCCCCCCCUCUGUUAUGUUUCAAACUAUACACCCUACUUGAACACUUGAUGCACUUUCUUCUCUUAAUUUAUGGCGGGAAAACCUGGCUGCCAUUUAAAUCAGGAAAUCUGCUUCUGCUUUCCAGUGGAAAAGGCCUUAAGUUGGUGAAAAGGAAUUUUUGGACUGAAUACACAAGCAAAAUUCUUCAAAGGGUCUUUCCUCUCUAACCAAACUGUAUCUGAAGUGACUCUGUGAAAGGAAAGGUGUUAGUUUGGGAUUUUUAAUGAUGGGAAGGUAGAGUAUUAAACAGUUUUUUUUCAUAUGACUUUUUCUUUUUUUCUUGUUUGCCAUCAGUUGUACCUUCAUCGAGGUGGGACCCCUUUAGUACCGGCGAAACGGUUCACCGAAUAAAUUUUACAGC